GAAUUAUGCCCCCUUUCAAUGGCGUAGAACUCGGGAUUAUGACUUUUACUAGUAUUUUUCUUUAAUAUUUUGUUUGUUGAAGUCUUUAGAAAAAUGUCUUGGGGUGGAAAUCAACAGCCUGGAUAUAGUGGAUAUGGAACUGGUGCAGCUUUUGGACAGCAGCAGCAGCCUCCCCAGUAUGGUCAACGGUCGCAACCGUAUGGAAGUCCGCAGUACGGCCAGCAGGGAUACGGUUCUCAACCGCCACCCUACCAACAGCAGCAAGCCCCACCUCCAUACAGCAGUCCACAGGGCUACGGAGGUCAGCAGCAUAAUGCUGGCUUCGGUGCACCAGCUCCUCCCCCCGGAAUCAGUCAGGAGUUAUGGGGCUGGUUUCAGGCUGUAGAUCAGGACAAGUCAGGGCAGAUAACUCCCCAUGAGUUGCAGCGUGCCUUGAUGAAUGGAAACUGGUCACCUUUUAAUCCCGAAACUUGCAGACUCAUGAUUGGAAUGUUUGACACAGACAAAAGUGGUACAAUUGGCAUUCAAGAGUUUGCUGCUCUCUGGAAUUACAUUCAGAGUUGGAAAGGAUGUUUUGAUAGAUUUGACGUCGAUAGAUCAGGCACUAUAGAUGCCGGAGAAUUCCACACAGCGAUAAGAACAUUUGGAUAUAAUCUGUCACCACAGUUUGCUGAUCUAGUUGUCCGCAAGUUUGAUAGGCGAGGGAUCAGAAGCAUUAACUUUGAUGACUUCAUCCAGGCUUGUGUGAUGCUAAAAACACUGACAGAUAAAUUCCGGGUGAAAGAUAAACAGCAGCAGGGAGUCGUACAGAUAAGUUACGAAGAUUUUCUAGAAAUGGUCCUGGAUAACACAUUAAUAAACAUAUGACAGUUUACUUUCUGUGAUUUCCUUGGAAGUAUGAUACAGGCAGUAAAUGGUGCUCUCCAAGAGAUGCCAACUGUGUGUGGAAAAAAUAAAAAUAGACAAAUCAACACAAAUAUCACCCAGAGAACUUUCCUGUUGGAACUACAUCUGACAGAAAACAACCUAGAAAUGGACUUUUUAAUGUGAUGGUUGAUCAUGAAAAUAAGAUACAAAGACAGGUGCUGGCAAUAACCACAAAACUGAAGUCUUAAAUAGUGUUGACAUUCCGUUAGAAUUUCAUAACUGAUCAUUUGUUUUAUUCAGUUUGUGCCAACUGAUUAUAUUUCAAUUAUACAAUUGAGUAGAAUAGAAGGAAGGAAGGAUUUGAAUUGUUAAAAACUCUGCACCUUUAUAUUUUAACCAGAUUAGAUUUUAUCAUCUAAACUAGGAAUGUAUUAAAUGUAUUUUCCACGACAAUCGGUUAUGAAUAAUUGAUACACCGAAACAUGUUUUUAAAAAAAACAUUAUGAGCAUAAUAUAUAUUCUUUUCCAUUUACUGUGAGGACAACAGUGCUGUUAUUUCAUGUUGACCUUUCAAGGAAGGUCCCAAAGACAUACCAGUACUGUAAACUGGGAAAACGUGUGUAAAAAAAAAAAUUGUUAUAUAUAUAUAUAUUCUUUUACAUUUACUGUGAGGACAACAGUGCUGAUAUUUCAUGUUGGCUUACAUGUACCCAGGUAAGAUCCCAAAUACAUACAAGUACUGUAAACUGGGGGAAAAUAUGUGUGUAAAACUUUUGUAUCAUUUGUAUCCAACCUUAGUAUUCAAAUUUUUUAUUCACACAUUAUUUACAUUACAGAUACACAUUGCAGUUACCAUUGGUUGGUUGUGAAAUUCACACAUAGUGAACAUGAAUUCGUGAAAAAAACCUCACAGUAAUAAUCUGGUUUACAGUAUCUUGGGUAUCUGUUAAGAAAUGAACUUGAUGGCUAGUGUGAGAGAAGUCCGUGUAUGCUCUUUCCAUCUUAAACCCAAUGGUUUUACAGGAGUGCAGAAAGUACUGGUCCACUCGACAAAUGCGAGCAACAAUUCUAAAGGACGAGCGAAAAAAUAUAACAACCAGUGAGAUGGGCAACCUAUCGUUUUGGAGACUAAAUAAAGCAUUUCUGUUUUGUUGAUUCCAUAUGUCACAAGUGGGCUAUUUGACAAGAAAUGUUGGAUGAUUUUAUUUUUGAAACCAGAUUAUGUCCAAAAUAUUACUGAAACUUUGACUUCUCACUACUACCAACAAGUCGACAACUUGAGACUGCAAAAAAGAACUGCUUCACUGGCUGGAUUAGUGCCUGGAUACCUAAUGAUGUAUUUAUAGGAAACCUAAAUCCCAAAGUGCCAUAAUUUUGUCAAAACCAUGGCAAUAAAACAUGAUCAAAUUAUCCCCCCAUCUAAAUUUGCAUCAAAUUAAUCUCCCUUAAGUAAUUUUAGAGUAAGUUUAUUUAUGUUUAAGGACGCAGUCAAAAUUUAUUAACCUCCCAUCUAUUAUUUUUUCUAUUUUUGGUAGUAAUUUUCAAAAUUUCUAAAUUGUCCCUAUAUUUAGGUUUUUCCUGCCCCGAGUCAGACCCCCAAUCAUAUCAGAAGCCGGACUCGGGAUGGGUGUGUUCGAAACCAUAAAGGUAUAUGAGCACGUUAAAAUCCUAUCCAAGUCCAAGCAUGUUAUUCCAUUAGGUCCAAAUACUAGCAAUUUAUGAAGUUCAAAGAUCCAUGUUAAUUGUUUUGCUACCCACUGCAGAUAUAUCUCCAUAGCCUUUUCAUCAGGCAAGUAUAUUGAAAAUAUGUUGUGUGGGUUCACUGAUUUUAAUAUUGAGUAUGAUAGUUGAGAGACAAUAAUUUAAACUUGGAUUGAAAUAAAGGCCAAAUCCUACGGGCAGUGGCUCCAUAAGAUACAAGAUUGGACAGAUUUCUUGGCAAGCAAACCGUUAAAUAUAUUGAUAUUUAAAAAAAGAAAAAGAGAGAAAUUGCUGUCAAUUCUUUGGAUAGAUAGAACAAAGACAGUAUCUUGCACCAUUUUGUUCAGUAGAUUCUAGUGCUAACAUCUUUCUUACAUAUAUACCCACACAUCAAUGUUGUUUAUAACUGACAUAUAGUGCUAAAUUUGUGUGGUUUUUUUGUUGUUGUUUUUUUGCUUUCUGUUGAUAAUUAAUUUUAUGCUAUUUCUAUUCGCCAUUUGAAAUGGUACAAAUAAAUAAAACAUUCUAAGAACAUUUAACAUACUGCUGUCCAGCCAUUGCCAUGAUUUUCUACAUGUACAAUACUUAGUGCAUUUUACGAAUACAAUAUAAUUAUGCACCUGUACUGAAAUGCUUUAAAUACUGAAUUCAGAACCCACAACUUAUUUUAUUGCAUUCCACUGCUUUUUAUAUAUUCUGUGGUAUAUAAAAUACAUCUUUUAAGUGAUAUGGUUUACUUUGGAUCAGUGGUUAUUGUACAUAGUCUCGCAGAGAAGUCUGUCGUAUCGAACUUUGAUUGUUCAUUAUUUAGUGGAUUCGUGUAUAUACUGGUAGGUGUUUAUUUUUGUAUUUUUAUUGAUACUGUUUUUAUAAUCACUGGACUUCUGUUUUUUGAAUGCACAUCUAUUUAUUGUGAACUUCGUGAAAAAUAUGUCGAUGUUGCUCAAUUUCAGCUGAGAACUAUUUUACAAACUUCUUAAACCAACUUUUAUUCAUCUUUUUAUCUAGGUUAGUGAAAUACGUAAAUAAUAAAAAUGUAUAUAUAUGCAUGUAAAUUUCUU